CCUGAACAAGUGCUGCUUUUCGUGUCUCCCUUUUUUUUUAACACUGCUAGCAUCUCAAAAUCUCUAAAAACGUGAACGCGUCGCUCACAUUUGUGGCCAUUUCCUCUGAAAAACGCGUCCCGUGUUUGUCGACGCCUUGUGGCCGGCGAGUGAAAGCGCAGUUAGCCGACAGACAAAGUGAAGGAACACAGGGUUCAGAGCAUGUCGCCUCCUGUUGCUGCACCUCACUGUGGGAUCCGCUGUCGACCUUUCAGCCUGCACAUAUGAGCGCAGAGAGCUUUCGGACGCCGCUGCUCGCUAUGUGCGACCCGGAGGAGUUGAGCAGCUCUGCAGUAGGAGUCUGAGGGGGAAAAGAGGGAAAACCGGGUUUGUCAUUGCGGGGAUUUUUUUUAUUUUUAUUUUUUUGACACAACUUGUCUGAGAAGUCGCUUUUCUCCCGCUGCUGCUGGACGUCGGUUGGAGAAAGUGUGAAACAAGUGUCAGGAAGAGAAGCAACAGAUGUCAUUUUGUGGAUAUGCGGCCGGCUGAGGAAUGAGAGCAGCGGCAGCGGCGAGGCACCGGCGGCCCUUCCAGCGGUUCUGCUGCUGUGGAGUCGGGCUGGUCGCCGUCAUUUGGCUCGCACAGGUCAUCCAGGCACCAGAGACCGAGUCCUCUGGGUUUCGGCCAGGCGUGAAUUUCGGGACGCUGCAAUGGACUCGCAGGUUAUUGCAGGAGAAAUCAGACAACCAGAGCCUGGGUGAGCCUCGAGCAGCCAUCCAUGAGUUUCCAGAGGACAUUUUCACCAAGGAGCAGAGGAAGCAUGGGGCUGUGUGUCUGCAUGCACUAUGUGCCAUUUACAUGUUCUACGCCCUGGCCAUCGUCUGUGACGACUACUUUGUCCCUUCUCUUGAGAAAAUAUCUGAGAAUCUUCAGCUCAGUGAAGAUGUGGCCGGGGCAACAUUUAUGGCAGCAGGAAGCUCUGCUCCAGAGCUUUUCACCUCUCUCAUUGGUGUCUUCAUCACGAAAGGAGAUGUUGGAGUCGGCACGAUUGUGGGCUCAGCUGUCUUCAACAUCCUGGUCAUCAUCGGCCUGAGUGGAAUCUUUGCAGGCCAGACGGUGGUUCUGACAUGGUGGUCUCUUUUUAGAGAUUCCUCCUACUAUAUUCUGUCUGUACUGACUCUCAUCCUGGUUAUUUAUGAUGCCACAGUUGUCUGGUGGGAGUCAUUGCUCCUCAUGACCAUGUAUGGAGUCUACAUUAUAAUCAUGAAGUUCAACUCCCAGAUUAUGGUGUUUGUGAUGCGUAAGUUCAGGAACGCUGGGCCACGCUGCCUCCGAUCUGAGGAACACAGAGAUGACAAGAUGGGAGAGGACGCCUCGGGCUGCAAUACAUCUAUGGUGCUUCUCAACAAAGGCCAAGGCCACGGUCCAGACCCUCCAGUGGUUAUGGUAGAUGAGCUUCUCAUCCACAACCCCCACAAACUGUCCUUCUCAGAGGCAGGCCUGCGUAUUAUGAUUACCCCCCACUUCUCGCCUCGCACCAGACUCUCUAUGGCAGGACGCAUGGUUAUCAGUGAGAGACAGAGACUGAUCCGUAGUUCAAAGAACCAGCGGGAUGUCGAGGCCGGUCCUGCAUCAAGAGGCGCAUCAACCAGCAAUAGUGUGAAGAGGACGGGCUCCUGCAGUCUGGAGAAUGGAGGUGGGAGACCCGGCAUAGGAGACGUAGAGUCAGGAGACAAACCAGGCACUGAUGUGUGCCAUCCAGAGGAGGAAGAGGAUGAUGAAGAUGGGCUUUUCAGUCCAGUGCGCAUACCAGGCGGCUUCUGUGCACGGGUGAAGUGGGUGAUCACAUGGCCUCUGGGCCUCCUGCUCUACUGCACUGUGCCUAACUGUAUUCUGCCACGCUGGCACCGCUGGUUCAUGGUCACCUUCGUGGCCUCCACAUUAUGGAUCGCUGUCUUCUCCUACCUCAUGGUGUGGAUGGUCACUAUCAUCAGCUACACCCUCGACAUCCCGGACUACAUCAUGGGUAUAACCUUCCUGGCAGCAGGAACCAGCGUACCCGACUGCAUGGCGAGUCUGAUUGUCGCUCGUCAAGGCAUGGGGGACAUGGCAGUGUCUAACUCCAUAGGCAGCAAUAUCUUUGACAUCCUGCUGGGUUUGGGGUUCCCCUGGGCUUUACGUACCCUUAUAGUGGACCAUGGAUCAUCAAUUUCUAUAAAUAAUAAAGGACUUGUAUAUUCUGUCAUCCUGCUGCUGGCAUCCGUGUUUCUGACGGUGAUGAGUGUUCAUCUGAACCACUGGAGGCUGAACCGCCAGCUGGGUCUGGGUCUGAUGUUUCUCUAUGCCAUCUUCCUGCUCUGCUCCAUCCUCUUUGGGCAAAUGUGAGGCCUUAAGGUCAAAGUUUAACCCUGUCAGACAACGUGCUGAGUACCUACCUUUGUACCACACAUCCUCUUUCCUGAAACCAAAAAAAAACAAAACAAUGACAGCGUUGUUGUGCUAAUUGUGAAACUUUCUGUGCAUCUGUAUAGGAGUCGCUAAGGUGAUAUUGUACACAUGCAACUACAAAGACACACACACACACACACACACACACACCUACACAUAUACACACCAAAUCUUUUAGCACAUUUUUUGUCCUUUUCGUACAGUGCAGUGUUUGACAGCUGUCUUUAGGUAACAAAUAGGGUGACUGAGCAAAAAAUGUGAUGACAUGUCAGGUGGAAGCAGCAGAUUCACUGGAUCUUUGACAUUAAAAAGGGAGUAACACCAACAAAAAUGUGAUUUAGAAAACAGAACUGUUCUAGGUCACUAUGUAAUGGAUUAUAUUUUGAUAAAUACAUACCAUAACUGAGCUGAAAUUUCCACCCCAUAAUAACUUUUGCAAUACAUUUAUUUCCUGUUUUAGGUUUUGAAUAGACAAAACCUAAAACUUCUUCUGGCAUCUUCUUUUGAAAAAUCUUUAUUUUUAAUAGAGUGUUUCCUACUUACUAAGUUAGCAAUUAGCAAACAGACAAAUCUUCAAAUGCGUAUAUUUAACAACAUGUCUUCUAAAUAAAUGCUGUAAUACCCCUUUUUCAUUAAAGCAAAAAGCCAGUAGUUUUAGAGUCACACUUUAUUUAAUUUGCCAUUUAUUUCUAUUUUUAAUGUUCAUGCUCUGAAUUCUGAUGUCCCUGUAAAGCAGUAAAGAAUAUGUUUUCUCAGUUUGUCACAUUGCAGAAAAAUGUAACCACCCAGCCAAAUUUAAAUAAUUAAAAAAUAUAUAGAAGUAUAUACAAUGAGGAUCCAUAACUGUGGAAAAAUAAGCAGCAUUCUCUGAAACACUGAAACAAAAAUGGACCAAACCAACCCUGAAAACAGACCUGAGUUUGUUUUAAACAAACCAUAAAGAAUUAGACGUGAAUUGCGAACUUGCUCUGUAGAUACAGAAUAUGUUUGUUGCUUUGCAGAUGUGGAAUGAGUUAAGAAUAACAGUAGAUUAUCCAUGAAUCUCAGUUGUCUCUGAUGAAAGUUUUUUUAAACCAGCCAUUGUAAGAUAGUCAGUGCAGAGACAGGUGAUGUUGGAUCCUCUGCUCCUCAUCAGUUUGGUACUUCACAAAAUCAAUUCAUCUCAUUUGUAGGAAAUUCAAAAAACUAGCCUGAGGUGUUCUGCAAAUUCUGUCAUCCAGACAUGAUGCAUUUGUUGGACGAAGGCAGCUAGCUGGCAAACUGUAGGCUGUAGUAGGUAUAGAAACUCGUAAUCCAGCGGGAGAAGCACUGAUGCCGAUGCACUCUAGCUUUUAUAAUGUUUUCGUGUUAGGAGGAGAGGUCAGUGUGUCAUCGAACAAUGAUUUCUUGUCACCUAAAAAAUCCUGAACACAGAGAAGAUAAACACUCUAACAGGGUAACUCCACAUAGUUCAGUCUUUUCACGUUUUCAGUCUUUAUUUCCUGUUUGGGGAAAAAAAAUCUCAGAAUUUUACUUUACACUGACUUUAACUGCAGUAACUCUGGUUCACUUUAUCAAUGUCACAACAAGCACAAGUAAUUUCUUAUAGAGUAACUUUAUUAGUCUGUACUUGGUGCUGAAUCUGCAUACUGUCCCCUCAGAUAGUUCCUCUUGGAGUUCAGCAACGGUUUGAGCAGGAUAUGCACUGUUGUGAUUUACAGUAGGGAAGUGAUGUGUUAAAGGGCGAAUUCUACAUUUAGCCCUACCGGGUUUACAGCACAGAAAACGGUCAUCUUCAAAAUAAAUCGAGGACCAGGACAUGUGACUAGAAGCUAAACAUAACAAUUUAUACUACUAUGUCAUACUUGGGUCUAUUUUUCGAGAUUAAAACAAACUGCCAGGCCUUCAAUGCUCUGAAUGUACAUCUUAGCUGACUUUAGCGUUCAUGUGAAAAUUUUUUACAUGCAUUUAAAUGUAGCAGGUGGCACUGAAUUACAGCAAGGAAACCGCCGACCAGACAGGGAGGUGCUUUAGUCCUGCAGCGACCGACACCAUGUACAUGUCAGAAUAUUUUUAGAGUAGACCCGAUAUGAAAAUGCACAUUGUAAUGAUGUAUUGACAACUUUGCCUCACUGCUACUUAUAAGCAAGUAUUGGUACAGCUCAAUGUACGUAAUGAAAUUAACCUAGUAUUAUAUUAUUUUUAGAAGUCUUAUUACUAUGAAAUUUAAUAUAUAAUGUGCUUCUAUGAGUGUCACAGAUUUUGAUGACUUUAAGUGCAGGUUAGUUGUAAUACUUCACGUUUAGGUAUGACAAUCGAUGUUUGUAUUGUUUUUUUGUACAUUUUAUGAGAUCGUUUCACUUUGGUGGAACAUUUUUCCAUUUAGCAAACACAACAAUAAACACUCACAUAUUUACAGCGUGUGUGUGUGUGUGUGCAUUACAGCAAAUAAUGCUGCAGAUUUCUUAGUAAUACAAACCUGCUGCUCUUCUAUUUUCACAUAGGAAAAUAUAAGCAACAAUCUGGACAUCAUGUGGUUUUUAGUUUUUCUGUCCACAAAUCUGUGAAUUCCAGACUAAAUGUUCCACCAAAGAGAUCAGGGUGAUUUUUUUUUUUUUCAAAUGGCUGUACAAUUAUUAUCAUUGUCUACUUGACAAUACUUUCUACUGUUUGUAAAUGUUAAAUAAUUGACAUAGUUUUACAAUAAUGAAUGCCUGACAGAGACUAGUUUUGUGGUGUUUUUUUGAUAUUUAAAAAAAAAAACAUAAUGUAAGCCUAUUUGUGAAUUAUUGUAACAGAAUGAAUGCAUAUUUUGUCCAUGUGUUCAGUGGACUAUGAAGGCUGUAGAGUCAGAACAUUCAGAUUUUCUUUUGUUUCAGUAUCAAUUCACUGACACACUCAACCUUAUUGUAUACAAGAGUAAAGAAAAUAAAGCCCAAUUACAGGUUUCAAGUAAUUAAAAAAAAAUGUUUUCAAAGUUUGGUUAGAAUAUUUAAAUUUGUGAUUGUACUGUCUUCUUGAUGCAGAGAAAGUGGUGUUUUCUAUUAAAAUGGAAGUGAAAUUGCAUUUAUUUAUUUAAUGACAAUAAGUAUUACUCAUGCUUUUUCUUUUUGCUGCAGUUUAAAAUUGUAGUUAAACUGCAAAUACCCUUCCAGGGCUAUUACCUGUGCAAUCAGUGCAUUUUAAUUGAGUUUAGGGUGAUGAAUGCACUGUUAAAACAUCAAAGCAAACAAAAAGGUAAUCAUGAAAUAAAUGUCCCAGAUAUAAAAGUACAGAUGCUAUACUGUUCUAAGGAUAAAGUGCAGCUACGUUUUGAGAUUUAUAAUUGAAAAUAUAAUUACGAAUUAGAAAGCAAGGAACAGAAUCAUUAUUUCUUACUUUUAAUGUUUUUUUGUUGCAUUGCCUGAGGCAGAAAGUGUCUUUUCCUAUCCACAUUAUCUCCAUCGUUGUUUUACACCCUCAACCAUCACAGUUCAUUGUGUUUUGCCAUCAGAGGACUUUCAGCAGUGUUUGACGCUGUGUUCGUUCACUCAGCUGCUGCGAGUCUCUGCUGUUCGCUCCUGAUACCAAACAUCAGCUCCAUCCAAACAGCCCAACUCCUGUACUUGUUGCAGCUUCACAGCACUCAAACGAUGUUCUGUUUAUUGUGCUGUAAUGUUGGAGGUAGAAGAUAUUUUAGAUUUAAAAUUUACUGCUUUAGAGAUUGUAUUGGAUCAUAGAAGACUGUUCUUGUAUCUUGAGUGCAAUAAACAAAAAAAGUGCAAUAACAACGGA